AUUCAAAGAUGAGGGCAAGAGACCGAUUCCCCAGUAAAUUGAACCCACAGGGCUGAAAUAGCUCAAAAGUGUCUCCUUUGGGUAGGUUUCAACAGAUUUCACAGAAUUCCGCAAGAAGGAGGCAUGAAUUUCAAAAAGAAUCCAAACUAUCCAAUUUAAAGUUAUUUGACGAGAAGAGUCCUUCAUAUUUAAGCCAGAAAGAGGAUAAGCUGAAGAAGCAGUCUAGUCUGAGUGCAUUUCGGAACCGUACAGGUUCCAUCGCAUUCAAGAGUCAGAGAGCAAGCAAUAAUAUUAAAAAUAUUGCCUUAAACAAUGAGUCAAAGACACCUAGUGCUGGAGCCCGGUAUUUUCAAAAUUCCUUAUCCAGAAAUUACUCCAAGAAUACUAGCAAUGAACAAAAACCGAAGAAAAGCACAAGGUUCGAUCUGAGUAAAUAUUCAAACCAAAGAAAGGAAAAGGCAUUGGAGAAAAAUAUCACCCAGGGUGAUCUCAAGCACCGCUAUGAAAGCCUACUGGACAAAUACUUCCAUAAACCUGCUCAGAAGGAGGUCCACAGGGAGGGAGUUGAGUCCAAGAUCAAGAGGUACCAAGAAUUGCUCAACAUGAAUUCAAGUGUGGAAAAUAAAGAAAAUGAUGAAAUAGUCGUGAGAAAAACAGCUACAAUGUCAGACGAAGGCACUAAAGAAACUUUUGAAACCUACGCAGAAACAAUGCUUGAGAAUAAGUAUCUUCGGCCCACAAGAGAGGAGAGAAUCAAAUCUUUAGCAGCAACUAACCAAGAUGAUGACCAAGAGGAGGACUUCACCUUCACUGAAAUGGAACAAGACUACAAAACCAGAGAAGAGCGAUGGAAAAUCCAGACUGAGAAACUUAACUCCUGGAGAGACGAAUUUGAGCAAAAGUUCAAAACCCUUGAAGCCAAGACUAGUGGGUUGUAUAACAAAAAUGAUGAGAAAGAGCUUAAUGAAGAAAAUUUCAAAAAUAAUUAUAAGGACAUUGAGCUGGUCAGCACAAUUAAUCAAUCUGAUGGGUUUAAAUCAUAUUUUGGAGAAUACAAAACCAUUAAUGAUCCUGAACAACUAAAUCAACAGGAGGAUAGUAAAUGAUCUGAUGAGCUAUGAGAGCAGGAAGAGUCUUCCCAACAAGUCCAAGUGUCUCAUAAAGCAUCAAAGCCUCCUAUUUAUCGGAAGAGCAAGAACCAAUCUUUUGAUAGACAUUCUCAGAGUCAGAGUAAAGUGGAAUAUUCUGAUAAUGAAUCUGCCCACAGCCGGAUAAUUAGAGAAGAAUCAGAAGAUCCAGAUUCUGUUGACCAGAACUUGCAAGGAGUUGAGGAGAGCCUUAAUGGCCUAACUAAAAUAAUACAGAGCAAUAACUCCGUGGUUAAAUACUCUGAUGAGAAUCAAAGGACUAUUUCAGAAAUAAUUCCAAUAGAGGUACUCUUUCAAUGGCAGAUGGUGUUUAAGGAGACCUCACCUGAUGAAAUUGGAGCUACCUCUAUGGAGUAUAAGAACGAACUGCUCAAUUUGGCCUCUCUCAUCAGCGACUUGUUGUCCUCAGAUUAAACAAUUAAUAUUCAGUUAAA